UUUUAUUUUAUUUUUAUUCGUGGAACUGGAAGCCAAUUCCCAUUCUCUUCAAAAGAUGAGAUGAGAUGAGAUCAGAUCUACCAAAAGUUUCCCACUCCCGCAAAAUCAAAUUCUCGCUCGCUCCCAUAGCCAUAGCCAUAGCCAUAGCCAUAACCGAUUGAGAUUUGAUUUCUUCUUCUCCGAUUUCUUAAUCUAAGAAAAUAAGCAGAGUUUGUGAAAUAGGAGAUGUGGACUUCGUAUGCAAAUUUCAAAGAAAAAGUGAGCAAGAUCGCGCUCGAAGUUCACGACGAUGGCGAUGAGGAGGAGGAGGAGCUCGGGAUCUAUGGCUCACGCAAUGGAGGACUCCACGAUUCGUAUUCCAAUUCACACACUUUCGCGCAUUCCCAGUCCCUCUCGAAUGGGAUCGAUUCAGCGUUUAAUCCCGAGAUUGAAGGGUACAAAGCUGAAAUCAAGAGAUUACAGGAAUCUGAAGCAGAAAUUAAAGCUUUAUCAGUUAAUUAUGCAGCUUUGUUGAAAGAACGAGAGGAUCAGAUUUCUAGAUUGAGUAAAGAAAAUGGCUCUCUAAAACAAAAUUUGGAUGCAACAAAUGCAGCUAUGAAUGCGUCUAGAAGUGAAAGUGCCAAAGCAUUAUUAAAUGGUGUUAAUGUGCAUGAGGGAAGUCCUGAUCAAUCACCAAAGCGACAACAUAAAUUCACAACUCAAGUGAAAAACCGAUAUUCUGGAAACCAAACACACAAUGGUCAGGAUGGAAUAAGCAAUGGAAUCACUCAUGCUGGAAACCAGACACACAAUGGUCAGAAGUUGCUUGCAGAUACAGUAGAAGAGAGCAAUAGGUCCACUGCAGGAGUGCAAGUUAAUACUGAAAUAAAACAAUUGAGGAUGGAACUUGAAAAAGAACGUGAUAAGUUGGCAUAUAUUCAGUCAAAAUUACAUGAGGAACACAAAUUAAAUGAAUCUUUCCAGGAGGAACUCAAAUCACUAAAAUUAGACAGAGACAAAACCUCCAUGGAAAUGAGUGUAUUGCGUAAUGAACUGGGUGAGAAAAUUUCAGAAAUACAAAGACUGCAAAUGGAGCUGAAUAGACGGGAGGAUGAAGGUACUGAUGACGUUUUGGAGAGUUUGAAAAGAGUAAUUGCAAGCCUGGAAAAGGAAAACAGUAGUCUUAAGAUGGAGAAAGAUGAACUGGAGGUUUCUUUGAAAAUGAGCAGGAACUCUUUAACUGAGAAAGUAUUGUCAGGUCCUUCAGAGUCUUUGACUAAGCAUCCAACCAUUGUGAAUGAGAUGGAAGAUUCAUCUAGAAGUUUCCCUGGAAAGGAAGAAAUGGAGCUAAGUUUGCAAAAACUGGAUAAAGAUUUAAAGGAAACACGCCGUGAAAGGGACAAAGCAUUACAAGAAUUGGGCCGCCUUAAGCAGCAUUUGUUAGAAAAGGAAUUUGAAGAAUCUGAAAAGAUGGACGAGGACAGCAAAAUCAUUGAACAACUCCGAGAAAAUAAUGAACAUCAAAGGGCUCAAAUAUUACGUUUGGAAAAGGCUUUGAAGCAUGCCAUUGCGAGUCAGGAGGAAAUUAAGAUGUCCAACAACAAUGAAAUUCUGAAGUCAAAGGAUAUUAUUGAUGACCUGAAUAAAAAACUUGCGAACUGUAUAGCCAUUAUCGAUGCCAAAAAUGUUGAGCUUCUUAAUCUUCAAACUGCUCUUGGCCAGUACUAUGCAGAAAUUGAAGCUAAGGAACAUUUAGAAGGAGAUUUGGCACGGGCAAGAGACGAAGCAGCUAAACUUUCCAAGCUGUUGAAAGAUGCAGAUCAACGGGCAGAAGUAUCAAAGGAGGAAAAGGAAGAAAUUUUGGCCAAGCUUUCCCAAUCUGAAAAGAUGCUAGAAGAAUGGAAAAGCAGAGUAAAUAAGCUUGAGGAAGACAAUGCAAAAGUACGGCGUGCUCUUGAGCAGAGUAUGACAAGGCUUAAUCGGAUGUCAGUGGAUUCAGAUUAUCUUGUUGACAGGCGCAUUGUGAUCAAGUUACUGGUGACAUACUUCCAAAGAAAUCACAGCAAAGAGGUUCUGGAUCUUAUGGUUCGCAUGCUGGGAUUCUCUGAUGAAGACAAGCAAAGGAUUGGUGUUGCUCAACAUGGUGCAGGCAAAGGUGUUGUUCGUGGAGUACUAGGGCUACCUGGCCGCCUAGUUGGUGGUAUCUUGGGAGGAGGUUCGGCUGAAUCAGCUGCAACAAUGGCAUCUGAAAACCAGUCUUUUGCAGAUCUGUGGGUUGAUUUUCUUCUCACGGAAAAUGAAAGAGAGAGAAGGGAUUUGGCAGAUUUUGCUGGAAGAUCCAAGGAAGAUUCACAUGGAAGAGGUUCCAAUGCUGGAGUUGCUGAUGCAUUCAUGGCCAACCAUACAACAAAUUCUGCUGGUACUGCGUCAUCAAGUUUCUCAAGAUUAAAUUUCUCACCUAACCAGAACUCUAGUCCUUAUCCCUCUCGUGGAGAUUUUCGGCAUUCUGAACAUUUUGAUUCUGAGUUUUCAACAGUACCUCUCACAUCAUCAGAUAACACCCCACAAAUCUCAAGACUGCUUCCAAAAUAUUGAAAAUGAAAUGGAUGUAAUUAAUCAAAGGUAUAGAUUACUAUGUGUUCAUGUUGUAGCAAUCUUUUUCAAUCAAUUCUUUUACAUUCAAAUAAAGAGUUACUUCCGUUAGCUGUGCGGACUGUUCC